AUGACAAGUACUCUUCAUUUAUUCAUAGCACUUUGUGUGCUAUUACAAUUAAGCCCUUCAUCACAUGCAACAUUUGUUAGCAUUGAUUGUGGCUCCUCCGAAUCCUUCACCGAUCAAAACAACAUAAGAUGGGUUGGUGAUGAUUCAUACAUCCAACAUGGUGUGCCUCAACAAGUCUAUUUAGGUUCCAAUGAUCCAUUGAGCACUCUUAGGGUGUUCCCAAAUGGAAAGAAGCAUUGCUACUCCAUCAAAGUUCAAGAGGGUGAAAAGGUUCUUGCUAGAGCAAGCUUCUACUAUGGGAAUUAUGAUGACAAAUUCUCACAACCAAUCUUUGAUCUUCAAUUUGAUGGAAACUAUUGGGCCACUGUUAAUACAUCAAAUUAUUACUAUGUUGAUUAUGAAGCUAUAUAUGUGACUAAGGGAAACUUUACUAGUAUAUGUGUUGCUCAAACAAUGCCUAAGAUGCUUCCUUUCAUUUCAUCACUUGAACUACGUAGCUUGGACCCAAAAAUGUAUAGCCAUGUUGAUUCCAAUCAUGCUUUGAUUUUGCAAUGGAGAUAUGCUUUUGGUGGAAAUCAAACUAUCAGGUACCCAGAUGACAUGUAUGACAGAAUAUGGAGAGCAGCAGAUGGCAUAGGGCUGUCUGAGAUCCAUAAUCAAUUUUCAAGAAUUGACAUGACAACAUCAGAAGAUGUUCCACCUGAAUCUGCACUCCAAAAUGCCAUUGUCUCAACAAGCACCAAUCACUACAUUCAAUUCAUCAACAGGCUCCCAUCAAAGAAACAAGUCCCUGUUUACAUCACAACUUACUUCUCUGAACUCAUUCCAACUGCAGUUGGAAACAGGUCCUUUCAGAUGUACAUUGACAACAACAAAUUCUCAACCCCUAUUGUUCCUCCUUUUGGACAAGUUAAGGAACUUUAUGUUACUAAUGUUACUGCUUCUUCAGACACUUCUUUUGUUCUUCAGGCUACUCAGACUUCUACCCUUCCUCCUUUGAUAAAUGCUCUUGAGGUUUAUACUAUUUCUAAUGCUUUGACUGCAGGAACAGAUAGCAGAGAUGUGGAAGGUUUGUUACAACUGCAAUUUGCAUUUGAAGUGCUUGUGGAAUGGAGUGGAGACCCUUGUCUACCAUAUCCAUAUAGCUGGGAUUGGAUACAAUGUACCACUGAUCCAACACCCAGGGUGAUUGCAUUGUAUCUCAGUGGUUUUGAUCUGAGAGGUGAGCUUCCUGAUUUCAGCUCUAUGGAUGCACUUGAAACUAUUGAUUUGCACAACAAUACCAUAGAAGGCCCCAUUCCUGAUUUCCUAGGCCUACUGCCUAAGCUCAAAACACUGAAUUUGUCUCACAAUAGAUUCAAUGGUUCUAUACCUUCAUCACUAAAGAAUACUAAGAUUGAAAUUGACACGACAAACAAUUGUCUCUCAGGAAUGAAGUGUCCACUUCUCUUUGAUACUCAACCGCCACCGCCACCGCCACCACCGCAACUUUUCUCAGGUGAUGAAACAAAUAGUCCGCCGCCGCCGCUACUACUGUCGGGAGAUGAACCUUCAGGAAAUGGAAGCAUGAAACGAGACUUGUCACUCAUAAGGUGA